ACCACAAUUCAUACUUGUGUGCAUGGCCUGGAUCAUGGCCCCCUGUUUGCUGGGCGGCUGCAGCCUCUGCUUUCCCCAAGAACUAAAGUGUCCAUUUGCAGCUUUCCCCGCCCUCCUGCUCCUACAUCCUGAGUAUAUCUGCAGCGUUACAGAACAGGCCCCUGAGGAGAUGUGAGUGGUAUCACUGACGGAAACGGCUACAGCUGGCUCUGGGCUGUGCUUCCUCAGCGGAGCCCAGCCCUAGACUCCAAACAGGCUCACUGCAGUGAAGGCUAUGGGCAUGUCCGCAGAGGAGGAAGAAUCCACCAGCCCCAAAGAGGAGGAAUGGCCGGAAGUGGAAAAGGCUGAAAAAUUAGCAAGAGGCGCUGCCUUGAAAUGGGCAUCAGGGAUAUUUUAUCGGACAGAGCAACUGAGGGGUCUGGGGUUCUAUCGGAUCCGGGAGCUGCAACGCAACAGUUCCAUCCAGUCCCGUAUAAAGUCUACUGUGCAGUCCUACCUAGAGGGGAUGAGCACAGGCUUGGAGCAGCUCCAUUCAGCCCUGGCCGACAUUCAUCAUGUGAGGCAAGCCCUGGAAAGCGUGCAGCAGGAGUUGGCGUCCAGCGCAGGAUCCUUCCAGAGCCUGCAGCUGCUACGGGAAGUGGCGCUGGAACACACCCAGCUUGGUUCGGUUGUCAGCACACUGCCGCAGCUUUUCUCAGUUCACAAACUCCUUUCUGAGAGUUUCAACCUCUUGCAACGUCAGCAUCUUCUGGAAGCUCACAUGGGGCUCAUGAACCUGGAGAGCUUGCAAGGUGGCAUCCUGUCCCAACUGCAUGACCACAACCUGCUCAGCCCUUCCUACCUGGCCAGCAUAGAAUCCUACUUUGGGGGCCUCCAGGAACUGAAUAAGGCCCUGGCCCAGCAGCUAUGGCAUAUUGUGGCCCAUGGGUUGAAGCUGAUGUUGGAGGACCCUUCCCUCUUUGUUUCUGCUGUGCGCAUUAUCGAGCGAGAAGAGGGCAUCGAUGCUGUGCUGCUGCGAAGAUCACAGGUCCCUGGUUUCCUCCCACCAGGACGGCCAAAGGGCUGGCGGCAGAAGUUCUUUCAGGUCAUCCAGGACACCAUAGUGGCCGCCCACUUCCAGACUGUACCCAGAGAGGCCCAGGGAUGGUCCCUCUCCAAGUACUUGGCUUCCUUGCAGAGUGCCAUCCUGGCUGAACUGUGCAUUGUGAAAGAUCUAAUGGUCCAAUGCUGCCCGCCUCACUACAACAUACUCUCGACCUUUGCUGCCAUGUAUCACCAGAGCCUCACGCACCACUUCCAUCAAAUCCUCACUCACGACGUGGACAAGCAGGAGAUCUUUGCUGUCCUUCACUGGGCUCUCCAUGUCUACCCUAGUGCGGAAAUGAUGGCACACCCAAACCUUCUCCCCGAAGUGGAUGUUUCUACCUUGAGGCCCCUGCUUGCUGCGGACUUGAUAGAUUACCUGGAAGAGACAUAUGUUGUCAAAGUGCAGGCUAGCAUUGCUGAAUGGAUGCAGAAGACCCUGGAGAUAGAGUUCAAAGAGUGGUUCAGCGACACAGAGCCUGAGUCAGACUACCAAGGCUGCUUCCAGACCACUCUGCCCAUCAUUGUUAUGAAGAUGCUAGAUGAGAACAUCCGAGUGGCCUCCCUCAUCUCAGAUAAUCUCCUGCAGAAGGUGCGCAGCAUGGCUCUGGCAGAAUUGGAAGCCUUUCUGGGCAGCCUUACUGAGGCCCUGUCGGAAUUCAACAGAGAACAUCAACAAGAGCCUGCUGCAUCCAAGUGCUAUGCCCCAUAUAUGCUGUCAACCAUCAACAACUGUCUGGCUCUCAGCACUUCAGUCUCAGUCCUCUGUACGGAAGGGGCAUCCUUCUCAGAGUCCCACAAGAUUCCGUCCUCACUGAAGGCCGCCCUGGAGAAGGCCCAGAAGAAGGCAUGCCGGCUGUUACUGGAUGAGCUGCUAGCAGAUCUGCAGCCACUGUUUGUACAGCUGCCUUCCCGCCACUGGCUAUCUGACCCCCAAAUGAUGCGUAACAUAUGUGAGGUGAUCGAUACCCACGUGAAAGUCUUCUGCAGGGCUCGCAAACCUUUCAGCACGGAUCUCCUUGUGGAUUCUGAGCACGUGGUUAUGAGCCAGUACGUGAAGGCGCUGCUGCAGAAGAAAAUUGUGUGCCGGAACACAGAGGAGAGAGACCAGAUGGGCAGGCGGAUGCUGCAGGACGCCUCUCAGCUGAAGCAGCUCUUCUGUACCCUGGGCUUGAAGGAGAGCGAUCAGACCCUCAACGUGAUUGCUGAUCUCCAGGAGCUGAUCAGCCUCAAGGAUCCCACUUUGCUCAGCUUGGAAGUGCUGGGACUCGUGACUAAAUAUCCUGACAUCAGUGACGACCACAUUUCCAUGCUCCUAGAAGUGCGGGGUGACGUCUCUAAAGAAAUUCGCAACAACGUGCUUGAGAUAAUGGUGCAGAAUCUGCAAGUCCUGCCGGAGAACUACCAGCCUGUCUUUGGGAACAUUCUGGUUCCUGCUCCGGAAUUGCCCUUCUGCCUUGGCAAGCCCAAGUGUGCCUGAUGCUACCUGAAGAACACCAACCUGGCUGUGGCUGCUUCUCUCCAUCUGGAAGGGGCCAAAGCCUUAGUGGGGUAGUCUUAUCUGGUGAACCAGAUUUGUUUCUGCGCUCCUACACUGAACAUAAGUUCAAUUUUGCUUUCAACAGGACAGGGUGACAGCUAAUGUCAUCCUAGGAUUACAGUAUGAGUUUUGAUAUUUUAAUAUUGCUAUAAACAAAACCCUACUUUAAUUUACUACUUGUAAACUCCUUUGAGCACUUAAUAAGCAUAAAAGUGGGACAUAUAUUUUCUAACAUAAGCCAAAUAAUGAAACUAAGGCCUUCCUGCUCUAGCUGUCAUCCAUCUUUGAAAGAAAAAAUGUCUGCUCAAAUCCCCAUUCUGCUGUGGACGCUCACUGAACAACUUCGGGCCAACCAUUCUCUCUCAGCCUAGCCUAGAAGUCCAGUCUGGAAAUCACCUGUGUCAGGUGAUGCAUUCCCAUUCCAUCCAAUGAGAAUUACCCACCUUUCAAACCUAUUUCAGUUGGGAAAUGUCCUAAAUGUAGCCUAUUGCAAUGUUUGUUGUAUAUGCCUUUCCUGACUUCUUUCUUUGUAAUCCAGUUUCUGCAUUAUAGUGUUUUGGUUGCCUUGUUUCCUAAUUCUAUAAUCUUAGUCCUAUUGCAUUGUUUACCAGGUGUUUUAUGCUGGAUUUUUUUAAAAAUCCACCCUCGCAAGGAAAAGUAGCACCGUCGUUUGCUGCCCCUCUCCCGAUUGUCCAGUCUCGCUCCGGCAAGUGGGAAGGGAAAAGCAGGGUACCAGAGUAUCAUUCAGCAAUGUGACAACAUCAUUUCCACCCUGCAAUAUCUGAAAUGAUGUCAGCACAUCGCUGAGUCCUCUUGCAUUCACCCAAGGAAACUGUGGAAUGCUAGGGCAUCUGGCAAUGCCGUGAUGUAAUUUCCGGUUGUAUGACUGGAAAUGGCAUCAUCAUAUUGCUGAAUGCUGCUUUAUGAGUCUCCACUCCCAAACGUCUUCUGGGGACUAGUAGCUGAGUGCUGGGAAGGAAGUAAACAAAACAGAUUCAUGAUCAUUAUUCCUCAGCAUCUCCAAAAACCAAGUUUCUUUAAACUCAAAUAAGAACAAAAAAAAAUUUGCCUUCUCCCCCUCCGACCUUUACAGCAACACAUGAUGGGCACAUGAUCAUGCAACAGUGUUGGAACUAUGGGGCAGGGUUGUCAGGUCCACCCAGCUCACUGGCAGGGAAUUGGGAGGUGGGGGUAGGGUUGCCAGAUCCAGGUUUGGAAAACUCUUGGAGAUUUGGCGAUGGAGCCCGGAGGUGACCAGGACCUCACUGGGGUACAGCGUCAGAGAGUCUGCCUUCCAAAGGAUUCAUUUUCUCCAGGGGAACUGAUCUCUGUAGUCUGGAGAUGAGCUACAAUUCCGGAGGAUCUCCAGGUCCCGCCUGGAUGUUGGCAUCCCUACUGAGAGCCACAGUGCGGCUUUAGGAAGAUCCUCUAGACAGUCCUCAAAGAACUGAUUUCAGUCACUUGCAAAGGAGCUCAUUGUGUUUAUUUAAAUCUGAUGCAUACACGUUGGGCCUGCACGCCCUCACAACAACUCCAACAGCCAUUUUAACAAGAACGCUACACCACUUCUUCUUCCCAGGCCCCACCAGGAAAUAGACAGCUGCUCCGCCAACCAUUCACUGCAUCGUCCUUUGAGUCUCUCUCACAAGGGUAAGCAGCUCUCUCUUCGCAGGAUGCUCAGAGAGGCUCCCAACAAUAAAAUAAAACCAAGCAGACAAUAACAAUUAAAAAUACCACACUAAUUAAAAUGUACCAGUGAAGUAAUUCAAGUCAGUUAAAACACACAUAUAUUCUUGGUUGUUUGCACUGAGUCUAGUGCAGUAGAGCCCUUUCCCACGGCCAGCUGUCCUGAAUGGGCAUGUGGACAUAUCCAUCAGCUCCCACCUCUGACAUAUUCAUAUUAAGAGGAGGAAAUGUUAAUAAACGAAACAUUCUGAUGACUCCAGUGUUUUAAAAACAAGUUGCCGGUACUCAUGCAUAAGGUUGUGCUGAUUUUCACCAGUUUCUCCCAUGGGACGUGAACAAAAGAUGCUGGUACUCAGUACAAAAAGAUCCUUUGACGGCACAAUCUGGUUCAUGUAAAGAUGUUAGUGGAUUGUAUAUUCCUCCCCCACAAAACAAAGCAUGCUGGACCUUCUUUGUUGUAGAAUGCUCCACCUGACCCAACUGCUUAGCCCUGCUUCCCUGCCCCCAUCCAUUUGAAAGUUUGAUGAUAGUUGUUCAAUGAACUAUAAAUGCUGUUGUAUCGAAGUACCAUGUUCAAUAAUGCACAAAAUAAUAAAGGC